GUCCAACCAUUCGGGUCAACAACAGUUUGAAAAUCGUGUCAAAAACCGUUGAAUGGRUCGAUGAUUCAACUGCCCAGAUCAACGGUUUUUGGUCAGGGACCGGGUUUGUAAUAAAACGGAACCGGUUGCCUGAAUGAUUCCCGGGUCGAACGGUCCGACAGUCCGGGUCAACGGCGGUUCGAAAACCAUGAAUUGACCAGACCACGACAGAGUGAACAGACGUUGCGCGAGGCACCUGUGCGGCUGUACUGAGACCUGAGAUUCAAGCUUUUGUGCGACUGCUCUUCCCUCCUAAAAGGCUAAAACGAAUGUCACCGAUCGUAAGAUUCGGCCGUUGGACUUCGUCGCUGGAGAGACUAAAACGACACAAUCAACUGCAAUUCGUCUUCCCUUUCACCACCAUCGCAGAACAUGGCGAGGAGAAAYCCAGUCGGCCUUCGCCUCCUCCCAUCCGAGUUGCCUUCACUGAGUCAGCGGGAAGAGGUGUGUUCGCAACUAGGAGAAUUGGAGCCAGCGAUCUUAUUCACACCGCGAAGCCCUUAGUUGCUCAUCCUUCUCUCUCGCUUCUCAACAAGGUCUGCUAUUUCUGCCUCAGACAGUUGGGACCAGAUGCUUCUUCUGAAUCCCAAACUGCUCGUUUCUGCAGCGAMAAAUGCAGGAAACAAUCCGAGAACCCGAGGGUUGAAAUAUCCACUUCUUGUCAAGCGCUUGGCUUGUAUGAUUAUAUCAGGAUCAGCAUCUGCAGACAGUCUUGACAUACUUCAACCUGCCAAUCUAUCCCCUGAGAUGGUU